AUGUACGCCUUCUACUCGCUGCUCAUCUACAUCUUCUACAGCCUCUUCCGCAGGGAUGGCAGGACUGCGGCGGCUGCGGACCCCAGGGACUCCACCCAGAGUGCCCGCUGCCAUUCCAAAGGCCGCCGCUGCCCCGGCCAGCCCACGCCGCACCUGUGGACCGAGCUGACCUGCCUGGCUGGCUGCUCCGAGUCCGAGGAUGGGCUGGGAGAGGCAGUCGAGGGCCGUCCGGCCGAGGUCUCCCUGGAAGAGGCUCUCACGCGCCUUGCUGAAUUCCUCUCCGUCCACCUGGGGGCGGAAGAGGGCUGCGGGAACCCUCCUGACGUGGACAAGCCCGUUGAGGCCCCUCCACUGUUGACAGUGACCAGUCAGCUCUUGACCCUCCUGGCAUGGAUUUGGGGCCCCAGAGGAAGGCAGGCCCUGCUCCAGCGGACUCAGCCAGCCGCGGGGGUACAGCCCCCCACUCCAGAUAGAUCCCCAUCCCGAGAAGAAAGCCCUUUCCACCCUGCCACAGCCUCGGAGGAGGCAUCACGGGGUGAGACCCAGGUGCAGCAGCCCCCCCAGUUAGAGGAGGAACAGAGGGCUUGGCAUCGGUUGGAGCAGCUCAUCCUGGGACAGCUGGAAGAGCUGAAGCAACAGCUGGAACAGCAGGAGGAGGAGCUGGGCCGGCUGCGCCUGAGUGUGGGGGCGACAGACUCAGAGAAGAGGGUUCAGCACCUUACUCUGGAGAACGAGGCCCUGAAACAGAGCCUAAGCCUAAUGCGGGAACUCCUACUGCACUGGGGGCCUGGACCCCCCUCCAGGGACCCUCAGGGAGAAGCUGAGGCCCUGGUGGAGCUCCAGAGCCGGCUUCAGGAGGCCCAGGACACCAUGGAAGCCCUCCGAGUCCAGCUGGGAGUCCAGGAGGUACAGCUGCAGGGCCUCCGGGGGGCCCUCUGGCAGCUCCAGCAGGAGACAGAGCAGAACUGCAGGCAGGAGCUGCAGCAGGUGCAUGGGCGGCUGGCAGGACUCCGGGCGCACAUGGCCGGCCUGCGUCAGGGCUGCGGGGACCUCCGAGGGCUGGUCAGCACCUUCACCCAGAGCUGUCAGGGCUCGCUCAGUGAGGCCCAGGGUCAGGUAUCCUGGGCCCUGGGGGCAUUGUCAGCUGAAGGCGCUGGGACUCAGCUCCCUGAGGAGCAGCAGGGGCCCCCAACGGAGUGCCCAGGGCGGCUGCUGGAGCUCAAGGGGAAUAUUCGUGUGCUGUGCCGGCUGAGGCCAGGGACACCCUGUGGCCUAGUGAGCACAGAGCCUGGCCCUGGCGGCACUGUCACCACCUGCUAUCGAGGGCGCCAGCGCCGCUUCCGUCUGGACUGGGUCUUCCCUCCCGACGCCAGCCAGGAGGAGGUCUUCCGGGAGCUCCAGCCAGCCGUGCUGUCCUGCCUCCGCGGCUACAGUGUCUGCAUUUUCACCUACGGUCAGACGGGGACCGGGAAGACCUACAGCAUGGAGGGUCCACCUGAGGACCCCGGCAUAGCUCCUAGGGCACUGCAGUCCUUGUUCCAGGAGAUGGGGGCCAGAGGGCAGCACCGAGUGACCCUCAGCAUGGUGGAGAUCUACAACGAGGCUGUCAGGGACCUCCUGGCCCCCGGGCCUCCGCAGCGCCUGGCCGUGAGGCAGGGCCCAGCAGGCCAGGGGGGAAUCCAGGUGGCUGGCCUCACCCACUGGGACGUGCCCAACCUGGAGACGCUGCACCAGAUGCUGAGCCUGGGGAAGAGCAACCGGGCCACCGCAGCCACCGCCAUGAACCAGCACAGCUCCCGCUCCCACGCCCUGGUCACGCUGACGUUGCGCGUGGAGUCCCCACCGCUGGGUCCGGGCACCGCAGGCACGCUGCACUUGGUGGACCUGGCGGGAUCCGAGCGCGCCUGGAAGGCGGGGUCGACCAGCGCGCCCCCAGGAGACAAGGAGCGGGCUCGGCGGCUGCGGGAGGCCCAGACAAUCAACCGCUCACUGCUAGCGCUGGGAGGCGUCAUGGCCGCGCUGCGCGCCCGCCGACCCCACGUGCCCUUCCGCGACUCGCAGCUCACCCGCCUGUUGCAGCCGGCGCUCGGGCCGGGCGCCACAGCCGUGCUGCUGCUGCAGAUCUCUACGCGGCACGAGGACCUCGGAGAGACCGUCUGCUCGCUCAAAUUCGCCGAGCGAGUGGGCCAAGUGGAGCUGGGGCCAGCCCGGCGCCGCAGAGCCCCGCGCUCCGGGACGCCCUCCUCCUUCAGCACCGACACCCAGCUCAUCGAGACCCCCUGCACUCCAACGCCGUCCCCCGGAAGCCCUCAGAGCCCGUCCCCAGACGGCGGCUCUGGCUCGGCCCUUGCGCUCCGGGAGAGCCUGCCCCCGUAG